CCAGAAAUGAAACUUAAGUCUGUCAGAGCAACAACUGAGCUGCAGUGGAGACGAGUCUGUUUCUCUCUGACAGAAAAUUAAACUGAGUCCAUCAGGUCUUUGUCAACAACACAGCAGAGUCUCUACCAAACACUGUGUGUAGACAUGUCUGCUGCCAGCAACCUGAGAUCUGAAGAUCAGUUCCUGUGCUCCAUCUGUCUGGAUGUGUUCACUGAUCCAGUCACUACAUCAUGUGGACACAACUUCUGUAAGAACUGCAUCACUACACACUGGGACAUUAAUGUCCCAUGUCAGUGUCCCAUGUGUAAAGAGGUUUUCUAUGUAAGACCUCAGUUCAGGGUCAACACUUUCAUCUCUGAGGUGGUUGCUCAGUUCAAACAUGAAGCUCAACAGAAAACCAGCAGCAGCAGCUCAGAGCAACAAGUUUCCAAACCAGGAGAAGUUUCCUGUGACGUCUGCACUGGAACCAAACUGAAGGCCCUGAAGUCCUGCCUGGUGUGUCUGACCUCCUACUGUGAGACUCACCUGGAGCCUCACCUGACAGUGUCAGGCCUGAAAAGACAUCAGCUGAUCGACCCUGUGGAGAACCUGGAAGACAGGAUGUGUACGAAGCACGAUAAACCUCUGGAGCUGUUCUGUCAGACCGACCAGACAUGUGUCUGCAUGCUCUGCUCUGUUUUAGACCACAAGACACAUGAGUUUGUUCCUCUGAAAGAAGGAUAUGAAGGAAAGAAGGCAGAGCUGGAGGAGACAGAGGCUGAAAUUCAGCAAAUGAUCCAGAAGAGACGAGUGAAGAUUCAGGAGAUCAAACACUCAGUCAAGAUCAGUAAAGAUGAUGCAGACAGAGAGAAAGCAGAAGGUGUUCAGGUCUUCACUGCUCUGAAGGAGUCUGUUGACAGAGGCCUGAACCAGCUCAUAAAGGAGAUCGAAGACAAACAGAAAACCACAGACAAACAGGCUGAAGACUUCAUCACAGAGCUGGAACAGGAAAUCUCUGAGCUGAUGAAGAGAAGCACUGAGGUGGAGCAGCUCUCACUCUCUGAAGACCACCUCCACCUCCUCCAAAGCUUCCCAUCCCUGAAAGCUGCUCCACCCACCAAGGACUGGACAGAGGUCAGAGUCCGUCCACCAUCAUAUGAGGGGACUGUGGUGAGAGCUGUGGCUCAGCUGGAGGAGACGCUCAGUGAAGAGAUGAAGAAGCUGAUUGAGGCUGAGCUGAAGAGGGUCCAGCAGUAUGCAGAGGAUGUGACUCUGGAUCCUGAUACAGCACAUCCUAAACUCAUCCUGUCUGAUGAUGGAAAACAAGUCAAUCAUGGUGAUGUGAGGAAGAAUCUCCCAGACAACCCAGAGAGGUUUUCUUCUUGUCCCUGUGUGUUAGGAAAGCAGAGUUUCUCUUCAGGCAGAUUUUACUUUGAGGUUCAGGUUAAAGGAAAGACUGACUGGGAUUUAGGAGUGGCCAGAGAGUCGAUCGACAGGAACGGAGUCAUCACACUGAGCCCUGAUGAUGGUUACUGGACGAUAUGGUUGAGAAAUGGAAAUGAGUACAGAGCUCUUGAUGACCCUCCAGUCUGUCUCUCUCUGAAGUCUCAGCCUGAGAAGGUGGGGGUGUUUGUGGAUUAUGAGGAGGGUCUGGUCUCCUUUUAUGACGUAGCUGCUGCAGCUCUCAUCUACUCCUUUACUGGCUGCUCCUUCACUGAGAAACUCUACCCAUACUUCAGUCCCUGUAAUAAUGAUGGUGGUAAAAACUCCGCCCCUCUGAUCAUCUGUCCUGUCAAUCAAACUGAGUAGAAUAAUAAAAUAACUUGGUUUUAAUUUUUGAUUUGAUGAAUUGAAUUAUCUUUAUUCAAGGGAAGAAAGUAACAUACUCAGUGUGAUGCUAUUAACAUCUUUUCACUCUACAGAAUAUGAUUAAUGGUGAUAGAGUUACAUUUUAUCAUUAGAUUAUAUGUAUUCCAUUAAACAUGCAACACUUUAAUUAAAUGCAUCAAUUUCAUCAACUGUGUGACAGUCACCAUGACCUCGCCCUUUGAAGUUUGAGCUUAAGCCACCAAAAUCGAAUCAGUUCAUCGUCGACUCCAUGUGAAUGUUUGUCCCAAAUUUGAAGAAGUUCUUUCAAGGCGUUACUGAGCUAUGUUGUUCACCAAGAUGAGACAGACAUGUAGACAGACGAACAACCCAAAAACAAUAUGGCUCCUUCUUUGGUUGUCGCCAGCGUGGAGGAAUAAAAUGAAGCAGCUCUUCAGACAGGCCUGUCUGAAUAAAAAUGUUUGCUGCUGUUUCACAGGAGUCCAGGGGUCGAAUUGAAGAAGGGAGUUUUCCACAACUUGUAAAUCACAGUCACCUCAGUUUUUGUUGUGGUUUUGAGGUACAGCCAGUAAUUUAUGUUGAGCACACCUAAGAGCCUGAUUGGCCGGAUAAAGGAGGAGGAGCUCAGCAAUAUACUGACGUGUUUGACCAUGCAAGACUCUAAAGUUACAAUGACCCUUACAAUAAUCUAAAGGUGAAGAAAUAAGAGCGUAAAAAAAUCAUCUCCAUCUCAACCUUGGUCACAGCAGAAGAAGGUCUUUCCAUUUUUACUUAAUUUUUUUGACUGUCCCACUUCCUGUCACUCUAGGACAGACUUUAUUCUGACUGUGGAAUUAAAAUAAAAGACCAAACAACAUAUCCACAGUCACCCAGCACAACAGUGAACACAGUAGGUUAUAUUCACUCCUUCAUCCCAAGAAACAACCUCCAAGGCUGAAACAUGAAGAAGAACCAGAAGCUGCAGUUCCUCUAACG